CAGCAUUCUUCCGCACGCAAAUGCAUCCCGCCGCUCUGAGCGCCCCUGACGUCUGGGUUACUCCAUGAGGCUGCUACAACUCUGCAAGCUAGUUCACUUUUAACUCAGGACUCCGGACAAAAUGAAUACGCUGUCAGCAUCCCGUUGCAACUCUGGUGGGACUCUCGAAGGGCGUGAAUCCCUACCAGACACACCUUCCCUGCACUCGGUGCAUGUGCGCAUGGGGAGUGACGGGUGGGGGGCGCACAGGGUCACAACGGGCGGGCAAAAGGGCAACACAGGAGUUAGGGGUAAGUUCGGAAGGGUUUAGGCCUGAGGGAAUGAGGGACGACACGCCCCAGUGCCACACACGCACGCGAAACCCAUCCCACUGAGGCAGAGCCGCCGGUCAAGUCUAUGCUUGCAUGUGCACCUGGCUUCAUUAACAUUAUAGCACACAUGGAUCGCUCGCCGGAUAGGGACCGGGAAGACCGGGGCCGCGAGGAGCGGUACCGGUCAGCCUCGCCAAGGCGGGCUUCGCCAGUCCGUCGCUCGCGAUCGCCAGCGCGCCGGCGCAGCCGCUCGCCCCCUCGGCGGUCGCCCGAGCGCGCCCCAGAGGGCGGGGACCGCCGGGACCGCGAGCGCCGGACAGAGCGCCGCUCUCGCUCGCGCUCUCGCGACCGGGUCCUAGAUCGGGAUCGGGACCGGGAACGGGAGCGGGACCGGGACCGCAGGCGGAGCCGCUCGAGGAGCAGGGACAGGCGGCGCUCCAGGUCGCGGUCACCCCGGCGCAGGGACUCGCGCUCUCCGGUGCGCUACGGACUGCCGCCCGCCGACCGCACGCCGCCGCGGCCGGGCACGCAGUUGUUCGUGUCCGGCAUAGACUUCCGCGUGUCAGAGCGGGAACUGGAGCGCAAGUUCAGCGAGUUCGGGCGCGUCAAGGAGGCGCGCGUGGUGCGCAACCCCUUCAGCGGCCAGAGCCGCGGCUUUGCGUUCGUGGGCAUGAGCAGCACAGACGAGGCGGAGAGGGCGGCGCGCGACAUGCACGGACGCGAGUGGAGCGGCCGCCGGCUACAAGUGGAGAUUGCGCGCAACCCCCGGUAGACAGGCGCGGCAGCCACGCUGAUGGUGGUGCUGGUGCUGGCGAUGUGGUGGCGGCUGACGGGUAUGACAGGCUGGCUGGCUGGCUGGCUGGCUGGCUGGCCCUACGAGGAAUCGGAACCGCUCAAAUGCGGCUGGGUGGCUGGGUGUGGAAGCGCGGAACCCCGGCAGGGGUGUGCCACAGUGAGCGCUGAUGGAGUGUGAGCUCCAGCAGCCAAACGCGUGUACUGGGAUGCGCGUAUGAGGCGGCCUCUGCUGGCUGUGUGAUGGGACAGGGUUCAAGGCAGGUUGGCGAGGUCCCGUAGGGUGCAGCUGAUGAGGCGGCCUCUGCUGGCUGGUCGGUCGGAUUGCUGUUGGACAGCGGCGACGUAAAGCGGCCAGCAGCUCGGGCGACCUUGGCAUCAGGCCUUGGCAGGCCCCUGGCGCAAUCGGGUUGUUUCCACCAUGCCCAAUACGAAGCACCCUGACCGCCGACACGACCUCUGUAACGCAAUCCUGUUG